AUUAGUUAAGUACUCAUCAGGAAUUGAGCCUGGACUUCACUAUGUCAUAGAGUCAUACAACAUGGAAACAGGCAUGGAUCAGCCCAACUGGUCCAUGCUGACCAAGAUUCCUAUCUAAGGUAGUCUCAUUUGCUCACGUUUGGCCCAUAUCCCUUUAAACCUUUCCUAUUCAAUAACUUUUAAAUAUUGUUAAUGUAUCUGCCUCAACCACUUCCUGUGGAAGCCCAUUCCACAUACUGACCACUCUUGGUGAAAAAGUUGCCCCUAAGGUUCCUAUUAAAUCUCACCUUAAACCUCAGCCCUCUAGUUUUUGAUACUCCAACCUAGGAAAAAGAUUGUGCACAUUGAACCUAUCUAUGCCCCUCAUGAUACACCUCUAUAAGAUCACCCCUUAUUCUCCUAUGCUUCACUGCAAAAUGUCUCAAUCUCUCUUCAUAACUCAGUUCCUUGAACCCCGGCAACAUCCUCAUAAGUCUUCUCUGCACUCUUUCCAACUUAAUGGCAUCUUUCGUAUAGCAGAUUGACCAAAACUGAACACAAUAUUCCAAAUGUGGCCUCGCCAACGCCUUGUACAACUGCAACGUAACAUCCCAACUUCUAUACUCAUUGCCCUGACUAAUGAAGGCCAGCGUGCCAAAAACCACCUCCACCACUUUCAGGGAAUCAUGUACUUGUACUCCUAGAUUGCUUUGUUCUCCAACACUCCCCAGGGCCCUACAGUACAGUGUGAAUGCCCUACCUUGAUUUGUCUUCCUAAAAUGCAACACCUCGCAUUUAUCCAAAUUAAUCUCCAUUUUCCACUCCUUGGCCCACUUACCCAGCUGAUCAAGAUCCCUCUGUAAAUCCUGAUAACCACUGUCAAUGACACCACCUGUUUUAGUGUCAUCUGCAAACUUACUGACCAUGCCUUGUACAUUCUCAUCCAAAUCAUUGACAUAGAUAACAAAUAUCAGUAGGCCUAGCACUGACACGUGGGGAACACCACUAAUCACCGGCCUCCAGUCUGAAAAACAGCCUUCCACCAUCACCCUCUGCUUCUUGCCAUCAAGCCAAUUGUGUAUCGAAUUAGCUAGCUCUCCCUUGAUCCCAUGUGAUCUAACUUUCCAUAGCAGCCUGCCGUGCAGAGCCUUAUAAAACUUAAUCAAGUUACUCAUUGCCUUACUCUAGGGCAUCUUCAAGCCAUGUCAGAUCUAGCCUUUGUUAAACUCUACAGUCUUUCAAAACUAUUGAAUGACAGUAUUGAUAUUGUUAGGGUAAAAUUAAAUUUCUUUUACAACUUUUUUUCAGUUAUGAAAGUUGGGAUGAUUUGCUACCAAACUGGGAGAUUACCAGGACAAAGCACUCUUGCUAUUAUAUUUAAAAAUGUGGUAGAUACAUUUGUGUGUUUACUUGCCUACUGGAUACAUGGCUAUGCCUUUGCUUUUGGCGACCGAGAAAGAAUUAUUGGAAAUAAGAACUUCUUUACUUCUGGCAAUGUAAACUUCUCACACUUCUUUUAUAAUUAUGCAAGAUGUGCUAUUGUAACUACGAUUGUAUCUGGAACCAUUACCCAAAGGACAGAGCCAAUUGGUUACAUUAUGUCAAGCUACAUGUUAGCAGGGUUUGUGUAUCCAAUUGUUUCGCGUUUCUUUUGGAAUCAAUCUGGUCUUUUUUAUAUGUAUCUUCCAGUUCAGGACUAUGCUGGAAAUGGAGUAGUGUUCUUAGUUGGUGGCACAGCAGCACUGAUUGCAUCAUUUGUCACAAAUGUACAUGUCGAGUACUGGAGAACACUGAACAUCAAUCAAGGAUACAGUUUACCUACAGUUGAAUAUAAUUGUCUUGCACUCUCUGCUGUGAUGAUCUGGACCACUUUUACUAUGGGCUUUGUAUACCUAUUGCUGAAACUUGCAGGUGUUUUAAAGCCAGAAAUUGGACAAGAGAAACAUAAAUCCCAUACACUGCUUAGUCUGGAUUAGGCACAGUCUGCAAUUAUGAAAGAUUUGAAGGCAGAUAUUGAAACGCUUCAGGAAGAGAACUGCUCCAGCCAACAGCAAGACUUAGAGAGAUCAGGAGCUGAAAUAAAGACACAGGUCAUUGAACUGAAAGGAAGAAUAU